AUGGUCAGCUCUAUCAUCAGCUCGCUCGACCUCACGGAGUAUUUCCUCCCGUCUUCAGUAACCGCCGCGUCUAGCUACUUCCUCGCGGUGGUGCUUCUUUCAACCUUCUGCUACAUCAACCAAACGGCCAAAUCCGCGGCCAUUUUCGCGUACAAUUGCUUUAUCAAGCCGUUCACCAGGACCGAAUCCCCGGACCAACAGGAACAGUUAGAGCACUUCUACAAGUCGCAGGCCGGAGUCUAUGACAAAACCCGGAAGUUGCUUCUCAAGGGCCGUGAAAACGCCUUGAAGUUGGGUAUGUCACACCUCUUAUCCUCCCACCCAACCCAGAAAAAGCUUGUUUGGGUGGAUGUUGGUGGCGGAACCGGCUGGAACAUCGAGUACAUGAACUCCGUCCUCAGAACCACCAAACAAAACUUUGCCAAGAUCUACCUUGUGGACCUCUCUCCGUCACUAUGUGAGGUUGCCAGAAGCAGAUUGGCCCUGCAAGUGUCGCACGGGGUAGUGGAGGUUGUUUGUGGCGAUGCCUCUUCCUUCAACCUUGAGCUCGGGCUUGCGGAAAACUCCGUUGACUUCAUCACCUUCUCAUACUCUCUCUCUAUGAUUCCCACCUACUUCUCUGCCAUCGACCAUGUAAUCCCCUUGUUGAACAAGAACCAUGGAGUCGUGACCGUUGCUGAUUUCGGGGUCCAAUCCACCUCCACCUCCGUUGGCCGGAUCAACACCUUGGGUGGGUUGGUGGGCCGCAACAACAGCUGGGUCCCCCGCAAUUUCUGGCGUAUCUGGUUUGAGUUUGACAACGUCCACUUGGACUCUUCCCGUCGCAACUACUUAGAGUACAAGUUCGGAACCCUCAAGUCAAUCAACUCUGUCAACUCAACCUUGGGCAACAUCCCUUACUAUACGUGGGUCGGCUGCGACAAGCUCAAGUGUGCAAACUUGGUCAACAAGAUCAACGCCCACGUUACCGAGUCUCCCUAUUUGUUGCCAGCGGAGAUUGUCCAGCACCAUAUCCCCGUGUCCAAGGGCCACGAGGCGGUCGUGGACAACUUGAGCCGCGGCUUGCCGUUCCCGUCAAUGUACUACCAAAAGCAGGUCUGGAGAGUGUUCUACAACGAAUUGAACCCGUUGUUUGCACAGUUCAACAACCAGUACAUCUACGCCUUCACCUGGGAAGACCCCCGCGAGGACCACAAAAUUUUAAACAUCAACAACAAAGACUCGCUCUUGGCGAUUACUUCCGCCGGUGACAACUUGUUACACUACGCCUGCCUUCCGUCACCCCCAAGGCGUAUCCAUGGAGUGGACUUGAACCCGGCCCAGAACCACUUACUCGAGUUAAAGCUCGCUUGUUUCAAAUCGGGGUUGAAGCAGGACCAGAUCUGGAGCAUCUUUGGUGAAGGCAAGCUCGCGGACUUCCACGACGUUUUGUUGCAAAAGUUGGCCCCGUACCUCUCCUCAAACGCUUUGCAGUUUUGGGCCGACAAGGGCUCCGAUACCUUUGCCGUCAAUGGACACGGCUUGUACUACGACACCGGCUCGACCAGGUGGGCGUUAAAGCUCGCAAACUGGAUCUUUAUCAAGGCGGGGAUCACCAAGGAUGUGGAAAAGUUGUGUAAUUGCACCACCAUAGAGGAGCAGAAGCGAGUGUGGGAAACCAAGGUCAAGCCGGCAAUCUUUUCUCCGAUUGUGGGAAAGUUGAUUGUCGCCAAUUCUGUUUUUUUGUGGAAGGCCCUCGGAGUGCCUGCUAACCAAGCCAACAUGAUCAACGGCUCCAUCUUGGACUACAUUGUGGACACCUUGGAUCCUAUAGUUACUCGCUCGUUGAUCUCCACCGACAACUACUUCUACUACUUGUGUCUCAUGUCCCGUUAUGCUCGCGACAACUGUCCGGACUACUUGACCGAUGCCGGUUACAAGAAGUUGUCCGCCCUGGAGAACUCUCCCUUGGAGACCAUCAGAUUGCACACUGACACCUUGAACGAGGUCCUUGCGCGCGUCACUGCUGGCUCUUUCACCAUCAUCGUGAUCAUGGACCAUAUGGAUUGGUUCGACACCAACGGGUGGGAUGCCAGAGAGGAGGUGGAGUUGUUGUACCGUGCCUUGGCUGACGGUGGGCGUGUAAUGUUGCGUUCUGCCUCCACCCAUCCGUGGUACAUUGACGUGUUCGAAAAGAAUGGGUUCCACUGCGAGGCUGCGGCCGUCAGAUUGCCAGGUGAGUCAAUCGAUAGAUGUAACAUGUACACCUCCACCUGGGUCGCUACCAAGAUCAGCCACCAGAGAAAGAUGAGUAAGUUGACCAUCUAG